UAUACACCAUACACAAUACAUAUUCAUUAUUAUUGAAGCAGUUGAUAUUAGUGGCAAGGAACGCGUAUAAUAGCAAUAGUUUAAUAGUGAUUAGUGAUUACGACGGCGACCUGCUAGUGUGUUGUUAUACCGAUAGCGUUCUGAGCACCGUCUUUUGUACGUUCUCUCUCCACCGCCGCCACCGUCGCUUAGAGUUCCACGACUUGUGCCGUACAGGUAGGCACUGACGUCGUGGCCCACCCGUUGAAACGAUACAAAAUCAUCGACCGUCGUCAAACUCGAUAGUCCGAGAAAGGGCCUACAAAAGAAUUUUUCAACGGGUCCGGUCAGAACAUCGUCAUCACCGCCGCCCGCCGUCGUCCGUUCUUCACUUCUCGUCGUCGUCACUGUCGGUGUCGUGCGUCUGGUUUUUAAUUGAUAAUAAAUAAUAAUAAUAUUAUAUUAUUAUUGUUGUAACACAACUGGUGUAUACGACGCCCUCUCCGCCACUGCCGCAUGAACACCUUCGCGAGUGUCACGUACAGUCAGCAAUUAUAAUUCAACGACGGCGAUGUGUCGUCGAUAGCCGCGUAUGGUAGUUGGCAGCGGACGAAAGGUUUUUGUUUAUUGGUAUUUCGUUGAUUUCCUCUACCGAAUAGUCGAACUCUGCAGGUACAACCGCGUCAUUAUCACACUCGCCACUAACACAAUAUGUGGAAAGUUCGAGAACUCGCCGAUAAAGUGACCAAUGUAGUCCUCAACUAUACAGAAAUUGAAGCUAAAGUUAGAGAAGCCACUAAUGAUGAAGCUUGGGGUCCAACAGGUAACUUAAUGCAAGAAGUAGCACAAGCAACAUUUAUGUUUGAGCAUUUCCCCGAAGUUAUGGGAAUGUUAUGGAAACGAAUGUUACACGAGAACAAGAAAAACUGGCGAAGGACUUACAAGAGUCUAUUAUUGCUAAAUUAUCUAGUUAAAAACGGAUCUGAAAGAGUGGUUACAUCAGCACGUGAACAUAUUUAUGAUUUAAGAGGAUUAGAAAACUAUUCUUUUGUUGAUGAAUUUGGUAAAGAUCAAGGAAUAAAUAUAAGGCAUAAAGUGAGGGAGCUGAUUGAUUUUGUACAAGAUGAUGAUAAGUUGCGAGAAGAAAGAAAAAAAGCUAAAAAAAAUAAAGACAAAUAUAUUGGACUAUCCAGUGAAGCUAUGGGUUAUAAAGGAUCAGGAGUUGAAAAGUGGGAUGAUGCACCUAGGUGGAAAAAAGACAGUAAUAAUGAAUUUAGUGACAAAAAAAGUGCUAGUACUCUAGGUUUUGAAGAAUCGCCUAAUAACAGUGAUGAAAAUGAUAUAGUGGAUUCAGAACCAGAACUUGAUUUACCACAUAAACCAUCUGCAGAAGCUUAUAAAGAUCAUAGUAUGUCACCUACCAAAAUUCAAAGUCCAGCUAAACAUAGAACACCUAUUAAACGCAUUGAUUUGGGUGCAGCUGCACAUUAUGGCAAAACACAAACUGUGAUCAACUCUCCAGUGUCUACCAAUAAUCCUUUAGAUACAGAAACAAGCUCUGUUGAUUUGUUGAAUAUUGUAGGCAACAGCAAUAAGCAAUCAAAUGAUUUUGGAGAUUUUAAUGCAGUUUUUAGUGCUGCUCCUAAUAUUGACACUGCAGUAGAAAAUAAUAGUACCACUAAUGAUGAAUUUGCUGAUUUUAGUUCAGCAUUUACUCAAUCUAUGUCUUUAAACAGCAAUUCAACUAAUUUAUCUAACCAAAAAACUAUUUCUAACUCUGAUCUCCUAACAUCGUUACCACAGACAUCUACAAAUGGAACAAGCCGUAACUUGUUAGAUUUGAACUUUGACGCUUUAGAUAACACAGCAACUGGAAUGAUGUUGAAGACACUUCUAGAAUCCAUUCACCAACGUUCAGAUUCAAAUAUUAAAAGAAUUUUGCAAGAAUUUAUUGAAUAUUUGCCAGGUCCAAUGACUCCACAAAAAUUUACAAAACUCGAUUGUUACCCAAAUUAUUCUCAAGUUAUCAAAGUAUACAGCCAAAUACUUGAAAUAAUUUUAGAACAAAUUAAUUUUGUUGAUUACAUCGAUUUAAUUUCACCAAUAUUUGCUCCGGACGGUGGUACUUUGGAAAUGUUAGACAUAUCACUACAUAUUUUAUUGAACUAUGUCACUUCAAAUGUAUUAUCUUUUAAAACUGAUAAUGCCAUAGAAUUAAUCAGCUUAAUAUUAACAAGUGAUUUUAUAAAAUCUUCAUUAAUCACUGAAACUUUAAAUUCUAACCAUAAUCGUUUUAUGGUCGUUAUUGAAUUUGUAUUGUCGUUGCCACAUAGACUUGCCAAUAAAGUUGGCAAGAAUAUACCUAAAUUGUUUACACCUGUAGAAUUUUCUAAUAGAAUAAUGUAUCAUAUAUUGUUUGUCAUCGAUCAAUUGAGCCAAUUUUAUAUUUUGGAAAACAAAAAACCUAAUACAAAGCCACUUUCAAUCAUUUUUGGCAAAACUAUUGCUUCUUAUCUUCAAAAUGAUUUUGCUACUUCUUUGGAAAUUUUAGAAUGUUGGUGUUUAGAUGAAAACUAUGCUGUCAUUAUAAGGAAUAUUCUCUCAGAAGUUGACCGACGAGCAAUCGAUAGACUUGGUUAUUUGUUUUGUCGUAAAUUAUCAACAUCUAAUUCAUUAUAUAAUCUUAUUUCAAAUGCAGUGAGUGAUGUACCUAACUGGAAUUAUACUUUGUGCAAAAAAAUGAUAUUUCUUUUUUAUCAUGAAGACAACAAUAUAGUAUUAAAUCUAAUGAACUAUUUAUACUUGGUUCAAAAACAUUCUAAUUCUAAUAUAUUAAGUACCAUAAUCUUAGACCUUGUUCAAAUUUGGGGAGAUAAAAGUGCUUUGUCUCAUACACCUUUUGAACAACAUUUAUACUUAUCAAAACUUAUUAUUAUUGGUUCAGUAUGUCUAUCAAAUAUAGCAUUGGAUGAUGAGUUUAAAAGAAAUCUUGAGAUUAAACUCUUUGAAGGUGUUCCAAUUCAUCUAGAGAGUUCAGAAGAAAAAGUUCGAACCAUAGGAAUGAUAGUGGCAGAGAUUAUUAUUGGUCUUGUAAAGCGGAAUGAAAAAGAAGGGGCACCAACUUUAAAUUUUGAGUACGACAAAUUACAGGAAGAAUCUAAAUUGAUAGUAAAAUCAUUGAACGAAUUAAAAGAUUUUAAAAAUAGCAAUGAAUUAGUAUUUAAUGAUGCUUUUAAAAUGUUAAAAAACUUUUUUAAAGACUUAAAGAUUAUCAAAACUCCAUGUUCCAAUACAAAAAGUACAUGUCAUGAAAAAAUAGUGGAAAACACAAACAAUACAAUCGAAAAUAUUUUAGAUAGCGAUGAUGAUGAAUUUGAGCCGUAUGAUUUAUCUAAUGAUGUUGAAAUGGAUGUAAAAAAUAGACCUAAGUAUGUACGUGAUCUUAUUGAUGGUUUCAAUGAACAAAAAGAUAGUAAGGUGUGGCUUGGCAGUUUAGAAGCAUCUGAAAGUCUUAUUAAAUCACAAUUGCCCAAUGAUGACAUUUCAUUUGCCAUUGAGCUGUUGACGUUAUUAAUCAGUAUGGAACAACAAUUUUACAAAGAUAAUUUUGAGAGCCUGAGAUAUCAAUCUGCUGUUGCUGUAGUAACUACUUUUCCUUAUGAUUGUGCUAAACACCUUUGCCACCUUUUUUAUGAUUCUAUCGGUAAAUAUGCAGUUUCUCAUCGCAUUUUAAUACUAAAUGUAUUAACUGGUUCUGCUAAAGAAUUAUCAGGCUUUCAAAAGAUUGAAGAGAAACAAGAAGAACAAAUCACAGAAGUGAAUACUUCAAAGUAUUGGGAAGAUAUUAUCAAAAAAAGAGUUCAGUUAAAGACCAGAAUAAUUUCCAAUCCUAGAAAACCUAUAAAAUGUCAAAGUAAUCGUUUUGUAUCUAUAGCUGAUGCAUUUUUCUUCCCUCUUAUUCGUGGGAAUUUAAUUGAACCAAUUGUUUCUCAACAAAUUGAUAAUGCCAAACAGUUAAACAUUCUUGGUGUACAUUUAUUAAAUUCUUUAUCAGUUAUCCUAUGCUGUGCAGUUAAUUCUACGCAUGCAACCCGUAUGGGUGUAGAGCUUUUAGAAUGGACAUGGUCAUUAAGAUUUCAUAAAGACGUUAAGAUAAGAAUUGCCGUUAUGGGCUGUCUAGCUGCCGUCUUGUUGUCUGUGCCUAAAUCUAGAUUAGUUGAUUUGGGAAGCUCAUUAGUUGAAUUUGUAAUGUGGUUGGAAAACGUUGUCACAUCUGAAGGAGUAUUGAAUAAAGUUGAUAAUGAAGUCAAUCAAGAAGCAAGACAAUUUGCCAUUCAAGUUCUGUUACUUUAUAGAAAUGUUGUUGGUGAUCAAAAUAUGUUCUCAUAAUGAUAUUAAUAUUUCAAUUCGAUAAAAUUUGUAUAUUCUGAUUAAAGAAAAAAUAUUGUCAGUUUUUAAUUUAAUAUAAAUUAAAAAUAAUAAUUUAUUUUAAUUCUCA